GCGCGUAUUUGUUAGAUGAAGGACAAAUACGUGUUGGAAUAAAACUGUUGUUUAUUUUUGAAAGUCUGACAAUAAUAUUUGUGAUUAAAAAUUUUAAUUUUAUUGUGAAAAUUGAUUAUAAUUAAUAAAUAAUGUCUGCAGAAGCUGGUACAAGUAAACCAAAUCUUGAAGAUCGUAUGAAAAAAUUACGUCAAUUACAUGCAUUACGAAAUGAAGCGCGUUCAUUAAAUCACAAAGAAGUUGUAGAAGAAGACAAAAGAAAUAAAUUGCCAUCAAAUUGGGAGGCGCGAAAACGUCAAGCCGAGUGGAUUUUGCAAGAUGAGGAAGCGAGAAAAAAAGCCCAGGAACAAGGAUUGGAUUAUGACAGGCAAAAAAUGUUGAAUGUUGAUGCGAUCGAAGCUGAGCGACUGGACAGGAAGAAGAAGAAGAAAAAUCCUGACCCAGGUUUUGCUGAUUUCGAACAGGCGACUGUUAGACAAUACAACCGACUGGUGAAAUCCAUGAAACCCAACAUGGAAAGCUACGAAAAAGCUAAAGAGAAACUUGGACCCGCGUUCUACGGUGACAGGAACACGAUUCUCCACGGCCUUCAUGAAGAUAAAAAGGAAGCUAUUGACAAAAUGGUUGAGGAUCUGGAGAAACAGAUUGCAAAGAGAGAAAAAUACAGCAGGAGGCGGACUCACAAUGAUGAUGCUGACAUUGAUUACAUCAAUGAAAGAAAUGCUAAAUUUAAUACUAAGCUUGAGAGAUUUUAUGGUGAACAUACUAGAGAAACGAAACUUAAUUUAGAACGUGGUACUGCUAUUUAAUUUGGGAAAUUUUAUUUAAACUGUUGAAAAAGUUAUUUAAAAAAUAAAAUAAAAUUAGAAUCUUCAUUUUUAAUAAAAUUAAUAUUUUUUUUUAUUUAAAUA